UGCAGCAUGAACACACUGUCAGAAGCCAGUGUCACCUUUGCCAUCUCUCUUUUAAAGCUUUUGGGUCAGGACGACCCUGUGCGCAAUGUCUUCUUCUCUCCUGUGAGCAUCUCCUCGGCCUUGGGCAUGGUGCUGCUGGGGGCCAAGGGCAGCACAGCGGCCCAGAUAGUUCAGGUAGGCUUGGCAUCUUGGGCUCCUUCUCUAGCAGGAGGUUUUGACAUUCACGGUGGCUUCCAAUCGCUUCUCACCCAAGUGCACAAGCCUGGCGCCCCGUAUUCCCUCAGCAUAGCAAACCGGCUCUUCGGAGAAGAGAGCUGCCAAUUCCUCUCACCAUUUCAGCAGUCCUGUCUGAAGUUCUACCAAGCUGAACUGGAGCAUCUGUCCUUUGCCAAAGAUCCAGAGAUGUCCAGGAAACACAUCAAUGCUUGGGUGUCCACCAAGACUGAAGGCAAAAUUCAGGAAUUGUUGGACAAGAAUUGCAUUGAUGGGGCAUGCAGAAUGGUUCUCAUUAAUGCUGUUUACUUCAAAGGCAGUUGGAAAGAACAGUUUCCUAAGUCAGACACGGAGGAAAUGCCUUUCAAAAUAAACCAGGAGAAGGAGAAGCAAGUGCAGAUGAUGUUCCAAACACACACUUUUCCUUGGUCCUAUGUGAGAGAACUGAGGGCUCAGAUUCUGGAGCUGCCAUACAAGGGCCAGGAGCUGAGCAUGGUCGUGGUGCUCCCAGAUAAGGACGUGGACCUCAGCACGGUGGAAAAAGCCCUCACUCCUGAGAAAUUCCAAACCUGGACCAGUCCCGAACACAUGCGUAGAAUUGAAAUUUCAGUUUUCCUUCCAAGAUUUAAACUGGAAGAAAAAUACAACAUGGCCUCUGUUAUGCAGCAUCUGGGUGUGGUUGAUGUCUUUGAUCCGGGCAAUGCAGACCUCUCUGGGAUGUUGGCCAACAGUGAUCUGUGUCUGUCCAUGUUCAUGCACAAGAGUGUGGUGGAGGUCAAUGAAGAAGGCACGGAAGCUGCGGCUGCAACAGCUGAUGGGUUUGAAUAUGAUUGUGCAAGUGAGGAACAGUAUUUCUUCUGUGCUGACCGCCCCUUCCUGUUCUUCAUCAGGCACAACAAGACAAACUGCCUUCUGUUCUGUGGCAGGUUUGCAUCUCCAUGA